CACAUCUUAAUGAAGGAUUCAUAAAAGAAGAUAGAAUGAAACACACUUCAUCAAAGCUUUUCUACAUACAUAAGCUAUAAAAGAAUGGUGAUAUUAACGUACAACAGAUUCGUUCAAAUGACAAUGUGACUGAUUUAUUCACCAAGUCUUCUCCAAUUGCAACUUUCAAGAAGAUGGUACACAAGAUCGGGAUGCAAAAGUUCAUUGAUGUUCUCAUCAGGAGGAGCAAAUACGCUCUGUACUCUUUUUCCCUUACGAGGUUUUGUCCUACUGGAUUUUCCUUGUAAGGUUUUUAAUGAGGCAACUGAUAUUCGUAUUGUUAGAGAUGUAUACUUUUUACCUUCUGUAGAUUUUCUUUCCCACUGAAUUUUUCUAAUAAGGUUUUAACGAGACACAUUAUCUAUCUAGAUAUUCAAGAGGAGUGUUAUAAAUAUAUUUACAUUAUAGUGAAUGUCUAUCAAGAUCUAAUAAAAUCUAGUUGAUAUCUAUCAGGAUUUGAAGUAUCUGUCUUUUAGUCAGAAACUAGGACUAUUUUCCCUAUAAAUAAAGAGAUUUUAUUCAUUGUAUUCUCAAUCAUAUGAUGUCUCAUCAUCAAGAGAAAUAAAGAAGUCUCUCUUCUCUCUAUUUAUUUUCUUCUUUCUUUUCUUUAUAUUUCAUAACAUUCUUAUUAUAUUCGAAGACAAAUAUAAUAAAAUUACUCCUAUUUAUUAUUUAUUAUUGCAAGUAAAAGAAAAAAGAAAAAGAAGAAAAAAUUUCACUCAUUUGGGAGAGGCACAAAAGUAAUUCUAUGUUCUUCUCCUUCCCCAUUUUGGUGUUACUUCUUUCUUUAACCUUAAGCUAGCUUUGUCACUCAUCUGACUUUUCCUGUUCUCCAUUCCUCCUUCGCAGCUAAAAAAAUUUGAGAUAUCCUAUCAACUACUUCAUAUAAUACUCCUACUAUUAUUAGUAUCAUCAUUUUUCCAUUGAUGGAGACUACUUCAAGCGUUUCGGAUUUUGACUCAAACCCAAAUCCAUCUUCGGAUUCAAGAACCUUUGGAGUUUAUGUAACUCCUCUUCGGGUAUUCCGAUACCCACUUUCUAGUUUCCUUGAAUAUUCCGGCUUACUCCGUACCCGACCCGAUAACCGAGAAACAGAUUUGCUCAUUCCUGAUACUAACAAUAAUAGUAAUAAUAGUACUCCCAACAACUCCGAGUCGUCUGAAUCAAUUUCUAGUGGGAAUGGUUCUGAAGUUUCAAUAAGGAUAAUUGGGGCUGGAGAGAAUGAUCAUCGUGAUGGUGAUGGGUUGGUUAUGGAUGAUGGGGAAGAGAGGGGUUUGAGUGUGGAAAGGUCUACUAUAGGAGAAGGUGAUUCUGGGAAUGGGAAUAGUAAUAGUAGGGAUUCUUCAUAUCAAAGGUAUGAUAUACAACAAGCUGCAAGGUGGCUUGAGCAGUUUCUUCCAUUUACCUUGCUCCUAUUGGUUGUUUUCAUCCGACAACACUUGCAAGGUUUCUUUGCCGUAAUUUGGAUCACGGCCUUCAUGUUCAGGUCAAAUGACAUUCUUCGAAAGCAGACAGCUUUAAAGGGGGAGAGAAAGAUCACUGUCCUCCUUGGUUAUUUUCUGGUGUUUAUGCUUCAUAUUAGUGGAAUCUACUGGUGGAAUCGCAAAGAUGAUCUGUUCUAUCCACUACUUAUGGUUCCUCCUAAGGCUAUUCCACCUUUCUGGCAUGCUAUUUUCAUCAUCCUGGUAAACGAUACAAUGGUCCGGCAGGCAGCAAUGGCUUUAAAGUUGGUGCUGCUUAUGUAUUACAAGAAUGGCAGGGGCCAUAAUUUCCGCAGACAGGGCCAAUUGCUGACUCUGGUAGAGUAUAUGCUGCUCCUAUACCGUGCACUAUUACCAACUCCUGUCUGGUAUAGGUUCUUUCUCAACAAAGAAUACGGAAGCCUUUUUUCAUCACUGAUAACAGGAUUGUACCUGACAUUUAAGCUAACAUCAAUUGUUGAGAAGGUUCGGUCAUUCUUUACUGCUUUAAAGGCACUGUCGAUUAAGGAAAUCCAUUAUGGGUCAUAUGCCACACCUGAACAGGUAAAUACAGCUGGUGAUCUGUGUGCUAUUUGCCAAGAGAAGAUGAAUACACCAAUUUUAUUGCGCUGCAAACACAUCUUUUGUGAAGACUGUGUCUCAGAAUGGUUUGAAAGAGAGAGAACUUGUCCUUUGUGUAGAGCCUUGGUCAGACCUGCUGAUCUAAGAUCUUUUGGAGAUGGAUCAACUAGCCUUUUAUUCCAGUUAUUCUAAUAUUUGAUGUUACACCUCUGUUGCCAUUCUCAAAAAAGGAAAUGCCGAUGUUACAACAAAGCAAAUGUGUUCCUCUACUAAUAGCACUCUCCUCAUUUCGAUCACUUGCCGAGUUACACUUAUAACAUCACCUGAUUCUGGGGGUUGCUCUGUUAAGGUUGCCAUGAGGAUCGCAGAAAGGGGCUUCUUUGAGGAUUUAGUGGGAGAUACAAUAUAAGUACAUAUUGUGGUUCACUUUUGUUUAUACAGAAGAAAAAAAAGGGUCCGUGUAAAGUUAUGUAACUCACAAAAUUUAACCAUAGUAUUUAAAAUUUUGCUUCUUUUUCGGGCGCGUACAAAUCUUCCUUAUCAUUUCAAUCUGUGGAAAUUUUACCCUAGUAUAUUCCUUGUAGCAUACAAGUGAUGCAACAGCUAAUCGAAAUGAAGUGAUGGUGUUGGGCCGGUAUGUAGCUGUGCCCAAUUGGUGGUUUUGCUUUA